ACUGCCAAAAUGUAGUGAUGAAUAAAUAUUACAUUCUUAUUUCCAAUGAAUUUAAAGUAGACAUUAGGGAGUAAAGCAUUGUUUUACAUGAACCAAAAAUUUUAAAUUUUAAGAAAUAUCUACCAGAACCGCUGCAAUGAGUUGAAGUCAUAACUGAUGUGAAAAUAUCUAAUUUCUUGAAGCGACAUAUCACAACGAAUUUAUAAAUUACUUCUUGAAAACUCGUUUAUACUGUCUUGUAGCUUUGUUGUUUCAGACAUAUAACAAAAUGAUUGAUCUACAAAAUUGACUGCUGUAAAAAGAAAAAAAAAAAAAACUCUUUAAACUCACACGAUGCUUAAACACCCUUUUGUAAAAAACAGAGUUGUAGUUACUGGAUUGGGAUUAGUUACUCCCCUCGGUAUUGGAGUCACUCAUGUGUGGAAUAAACUUUUGCAAGGCUCCAUUGGAAUUCAAUCCAUUACCGAUCCAGAAUAUGAAAGCAUUCCUUGUAAAGUAGCUGCAUAUGUACCAACUGGUAAUGAAAUGGGUAGUUUGAAUGUGAAAGAUGUUUUUAAACCAACAGAACUAAAAACAAUGUCACUAGCUACUGCUUAUGCCUUAGUCGCUGCUGAAGAAGCAAUUUUGGAUGCCAAUUGGUUACCAAACGAGGAGUUGAAGCAAGUGACCACAGGCGUAGCUGUUGGAACUGGAAUGGUAGAUUUACUGGACAUUGUCAGUACGGGAAAUGUUCUUAAAAGUAAAGGAUACAAUAAAGUAUCUCCAUUUUUCGUACCUCGCAUACUUUCUAAUAUGUCUGCUGGUCAUAUAGCAAUCAAGUAUGGUUUAAAAGGACCCAAUCAUUCUGUAUCGACUGCUUGUGCCACUGGUCUUCAUGCCAUUGGAGAUGCAUUUAAUUUCAUACAAAAUAACCAAGCAAAUGUCAUGCUAUGUGGAAGUGCUGAAGCCAUCAUUAGCCCUUUAUCUUUGGCAGGGUUUUGCCGUAUGAGAGCCUUGGCAACAAACUUCAAUUCAUGCCCCAAGGAAGCAUCCAGACCGUUUGAUAAAAGGCGAGAUGGUUUCGUGAUGGGAGAAGGAGCUGGUAUCUUGGUGCUGGAGUCUCUUCCUCAUGCUUUGGAAAGGAAAGCAAAGAUUUACGCAGAAGUUCUCGGGUACGGUUUGUCCGGAGAUGCUCAUCACAUAACGUCUCCAUGCACGAAUGGGUCUGGUGCAUACCGCUGCAUGAAACAAUCCUUAGUUCAAAGUUGUACCGACACUUCCGAAGUUGGUUACAUCAAUGCUCACGCUACAUCUACACCUUUGGGCGAUAGCAUAGAAGUGAAAGCCAUUCAUCAAUUAUUUGGAGAAAAUAGUAGUUUAAUUGUAUCUUCGACAAAGGGUGCAAUCGGUCAUCUCUUGGGAGCUGCCGGGAGUGUUGAAGCUAUAUUUACUGUGAUGGCAUGUUUCACUGAACAGAUACCACCAAAUGUUAAUUUAGAAGAUUCAGAUAUUGAGCAGAAUGUAAAACUCGCUGGAAAAAAAUCCCAGCUGUGGCCUCAAAAUCAUGCAGCGAAAAGAUUAGCCCUGACGAAUUCAUUUGGGUUUGGAGGAACAAAUGCUUCUCUUCUAUUUUCGAACUAUGUAAAUUAAUUUAUGCUAUAUAUAAUGGAAUGAAACUUUCUUCUGUAAAUAUUCAAAUACUUUCUAGUCAAUACUUUUCAAAUCCCUGGAAAUAAUGCAUAAGUAUUCGUGUAUUUUUAUCACAAUAAUAUUUUUUCUUUCUUUUGUUUUAUAAUAAAGUAACA